UCUGUUGUAGUAACAGCUGGAUCGAACCAUACAGUUUCCUUGUCAGUACCAGAAAUGGUACAGGUGACUCUGCAAAGCUACAGGAGAUCCCUGCAAGAGUUUUCAGAAAGUCCUCUUAUGUCAAGAUGCAACAGCCUCCACUCUUCCCAUUUUCUCACCAGUGCACCCCAGAGUGUAACUGAAUGGCUGGCCAUUGGGGAAAAGGACCCAAUUGAGAUUCUUCUUGAUUUGGGGUUUGGUACAGAAGAACCUGAUGUCUGCACUAAAAUCCCUCCUCGGUUCCUUAGUGGUGCUUCUGUAGCAAAAGGGAUCAACAUCCGAGUUUUCCUGGAGGCUCAGAAGCAGCGGAUGGACAUUGAGAGGCCAAAUCUAUACGGGCGUUUUCGACAACUAGAAGUGCUUGAUCACGUGACGAGCGCCUUCUCGUCGUUGCUGACUGACGUGAACACCCAGCAGAGCAAAGGACAGGACGCCGGCGGGGGUGAGACCGGCCUGUUAGAUACUGAGAGCAGACCUGUGGUUGCACGAGCAAAGAGGAGAAUAGGUCAGCUCCUGAAAAGGGCUUCUAGGCAGACAACACUGCUGGAACAAAGCUCGCUGGCGUCUGCUGAAGCCAACUCAUCCGGCUGGAAAGGACAACCCCACUCUUGUGGUGACAUUGCCCAGAGUGGAACAACGCAAACAGGCUUUUCUGAAAGUGUUUCAGUGGGUUGUCUGACCCCAGAGCAUGUCUCUGGAGACAAAGCUGCCUUCACAGUAUCCCAAUGUCCGCACACGCCGUCGGGGAAAACUUGGGCUUUAUCACACUUGCUUCCAAAACAGCCCCACCUUUCUUUCACGGGUGAGGCGCCUGCCAAAGGCAGGCGAGGAAAGGAGUUGCAUUUGCUUUGGGCCCCCUUACUCAAAACAUUGGCCAGCCAAAACUACAAGCCGCCAGACUCCUUUGAAUUGCAAGAGAUUCAGAGCUUUGAGGAUGAAACUCUAUGUAAAAAUGAUCCUGACAGCACAUUAGAGGUGAUGGUGACAAGAACAAAUAGCCGCCAGUCAGACAGCAGUGGCUUUAUGGAGGAGUUGCCAGAACCUUUAGUUUUGCAAAAUGCCUCUUUGUCAGGAAAAAUAAAUCUUAGCUCUGAUACCAACAACUACCAAGAAGCUGUGUCACAUAGAACGGAGCUUCCUGUGUUAAAUCGGGAUUUUCAACAAAAGCCAGAAGAUUGUGUUUCUAAGGCCUUCAUGACAGGUUGCAGGAGGAUUUUGACAGCAUCUAGAUCAACAAGAGUAUGCAAUGACCAAGGAGAAGAGACUUGUCUUAUACUAACUGCAGAAGAUUGCCAGCAUCAGGCCUCUAAUGCUGGGUCGCAGAGUUUUGUCCAAGAAAAGUUAUGUGACACAGGCAAGAGAGAAGUAAAAACUGAAAGAAAGCACCAAGAAAAAGAGGAGUGCAUAAAAGAGCAUAUUUCUUGUUUUCAGAGUGAUAACCAGGAUGAAGGAGAUUCUGUCUCCUCAAAAUUUGAUUUUCAACUAUAUUUCAGUUCAGGACAUAAAAAUGUGAAUGCAGCUUUCAUUGAACCAAGUGACACUACAUCUGAGAUUGCCAGGGAGAGCAAAAUCAGAGUUGAAGAAGAAAGUGAGAGGUACCUGACAGAAAAGGACAUUGGAGUUGCAUGUCAUGAAAAUGUCCAGGGAGGUCAUACAGAAUAUGUAAAAGGAGAGUGGUGGGGAAUGGAAGCAGUCAGUGAUGAUGGUGCCUUUUUUUCAGUGAGUGAGGUGACAAAUGGGCAGAAGUUCUGCAAAAUGGCUCAUGAUUGCAGAAAUACAAGGUGCUCUUUUGAAACAGGGCUCCCAGAAACUCUAUGUCAGAGCCCAGCAGCGCACAGCGAAAGAAGUGCUAUUUCAAGCAGUUCUCCUCAAAUACCUCCGAGCCCUCUCUUGGGCCUAGCAGAAGGGCUUGGGUUAAGAUCCUCUGAAGACAAAGAGACUUGCAGUAUAGGGGAGAUAUUAGGUGCUAACAAAUCAGUACUGGAAAAAAAUGUCCAAAACAGUGAAAUGAAUGCUAGUCCUCUGAAAUCUGUUACUAUUCAGAAGUCUUCGAGGUUGGAUGUCGUUUCAAAGAUGAAGUGUGCAGGGCAAAAUGCUCCUCUCAGUGAGAGCCCUGCUAGAGAUGACACUGUGGACUUCUCUGAGGCAUUAGUGUACUGCUCUGAGGGUGGCCAGCUCAGACAGUCAGGCCCUGGGGCUUCAAAGGAUGGCCCAAAAGAGACCACCAAAGCCUCCAGUCUGACUGACUUCCCUGCCAGGAAAAUCAGGCAGCUACUGCUGUUUCCUCCACCCCGUCACCACCUCACAAAAUCAGCUUCUCUUAAUACUGUGCUUUGUGGCAAAUAUGGGUCACACUACAAGGGCGAAGCAUCUGGUAUCUGUGGUGCCCAGGGCUGUCACUGCUGUCUCUGCUGCUGCCACUGCUGCUGCCUGAGGACCUUCCCCCUAGCCAUUUCUCCCCAGCACCCUGUGGGCUACUGUUCAGAUCAUGUCACCACGGAGCUGCAGCUUUGGAAAACACUGAUGCUCCUACAGGAAACCGCACCGAGAAAUCUCUCUCCGUGUACCAUCCAUGAAAUAGAAAUGAUGAAGAGCUCCUGCCAACAGUUCCGGGUGAAGCUGGAUGAGAUUGAGCAGCACCUGACCGAACAGCAGGAUCUGUUUUCCAGUGUUCUGCCAGACGAAGGAAGAGAGGAAAGGAGACACCUGCAACUCUUAAGGCGAGCUGUUCGUCAGGAGGUUACAGAGCUGGAAUUUCGGCUGAAUGAUCGAGCUUGCCAGGUCAGGGAGGGCAUUCUCACGCAGCUGGACCAAUUACUAGUAGAACAAUCCCAUCUGUUUUCAGAGCUCGGACUCUCUGAUUGGAAGGAAGAAAGAAAUGACCAGAAUAAACAAGCGUUUCCAGAUGCUGCUGAAACUGUGCAUCCUGGACUUGGGUGCUCAGAAAUGGUAUUCCAAAGAGGAAGCACAACAGCAGCAGGCUCUCUCCCUACUUUGCAGACAGGGACACCCAUAAUGCAGUUUCCUACCAAGACAAUGCUUGAGCCAAAUUCAGCUGAGUCUGACCCGCAGGAGAUCUCCAUCAGUAAAAAGAAAAUAAAAGGACCUCCACAGCCAAAAAUGGACUUUAAGGCCUUUAUGCACAGUGUGGCAGCUGUGCUGACUGCCACCAGGCAAGAGAUGAGUGAGGAGGCUUAUGAGAAACAUUUGGGAAAAGCUGUAGAUGGGGACAACCGGCAGCAUCAGGGUACUAGCAGACCAGUUGGAAGUCAGGAUCCAGCAGGGGAGACAUACAAACUGUAUGAAGUUAUUGUCCCAGUCACUAAUGCACUUUGUAGGAAUAAAGGUACGUCCUUGGAUCCCACAAGGAAGGAGAAUAAGGAGACAGGUAGAAACUCCAAAAGUCUAAGAGAGCUGGAAGGAUUCAGGGGCUAUGUGAAAGCAUAG